AUGGCGCGCCCGCCUUCUCUCCUAACCGCCGCGCAUAUACCUACGCCUUCCUCCUCGCUGCCGGCGCCUCUUCUACCACGCGGUAUACUCGACAAUCGAAGCCGCACGCUGGGACAGAGGCGCGUGCCCCCGAGCGCGAACCGACCUGCGGUUUCGAAGCGACGCGUCGUCUACUUUGCAACUCGCGCCGAAAGACCUGCCCCCACCCGCGCGUCUAGUGGCGAUAUCUAA